AUGGCGGAUACAAGCUGGAGCAAUCAAACGUUGGUCACCGAAUUCAUCCUUCUUGGAUUCAGGAAUCUCCCUGAACUGCAGCCCCUUCUCUUCCUGCUGUUCCUAGCCAUCUACAUAGUGACCGUGUCUGGGAACCUCCUCAUCAUCGCACUGGUGGUGGCCGAUCGGCACCUUCACACCCCCAUGUACUUCUUCCUGGGCAACCUCUCCUGCUUGGAGCCCUGCUACAGCUCCACCGUCCUGCCCCGGCUGCUGGCCAGUCUCCUGAGCGGGGACAGAGCCAUCUCCGUGAGAGGCUGCAUUGUCCAGUUUUACUUCUUUUGUUCUUUGGCAGCUACCGAAUGUUACCUGCUGGCUGCCAUGUCCUACGACCGGUAUUUAGCCAUAUGUAAACCUCUGCAUUACGCAGCCCUUAUGAGCGGUAGGUUCAUCCUCCAGCUCGCAGCUGGGUCUUGGAUACUCGGCUCACUGGCUUGCAGUACCGUCGUCUAUUUAAUGUUCCAGCUUGUGUUCUGCGGCCCCAACGAAAUCGACCAUUUCUUUUGUGAUUUCACCCCCAUCAUCAAACUCUCCUGCAGUGAAAACAGCCUUGUUGUGCUCCUGGAUUCCAUCUUGGCCUUUGCAUUCACUUUGCCGCCCUUCCUACUGACCGUGGUAUCGUAUAUUUUUAUCCUCGUCACCAUCCUGAGAAUGCCGUCGGUCUCCGGAAGGCAGAAGGCCUUUUCCACCUGCUCUUCCCACCUCAUUGUGGUGACCAUUUUCUAUCUCACCCUCAUGACCGUGUAUAUGUUGCCCAAAACCAACCAACUGAGGGUCUUCCACCUCGCGCUCUCUGUCAGCUACACGAUCCUAACCCCGCUGGUCAACCCUCUCAUCUACAGCCUGAGGAACAAGGAAGUGAAGGAGGCCCUGAAGAAAGCAGCCAGCAAAUUUACGCCGUUCGCCCGGAAUGGCACCAGUUGA